GACUGAAAGAGCGAGUAAGAAGUCAAUGAAGGGUGGUCAAAGAUAGACUGAAAUCUCUAGUGCAAUCAAGGAGAGGAAUCGAAAGGGGCAAAAAGGGAGAUAUUAUAUCUCUAAAUUUGACCUUUGCCCCAACAAUAAAGGAUAUUUGAGUGUAGGUUCUUCUUCGCACCAGGAGAUGUAUAUAUAUCAGCCCAUCACUAGAUCGUCUCCUUCCAUGGUACCACACGUUUUCCAACACCAGCAUUCCACUUUUCCACUCCUCAAGCAAGAUGGCCUCGCCUACCCAGCUCCUUUCCCGCUACCCCCAUUUCGUCCACUACACCCAUAAAAUCCUGACCUCGUUCUCCCUCAUUCUCAGUCUAAACAGUACUUACCAAGUAUGCGCCAUGAAGAAACGCACCAAGAAGAAUGAAGAAGAAAUCGGCAAUAUGAGCAGCACCAUCAAUUCGAUGAAGGGAAAUAUGUAUGGAACCGCAUUAGGGCCAGGGUUGUACAGGGGGGGCGGUGUGAAGAGGAUCACGAUUUUUGAGGUGAUGGGACAUGAGCAAGAGAAAAAUGGGGAAUCCAGGGGGAAAGAGGAAUUGGGGAAUAUGUGGAGGAAAGAAACGACCUGGCAAGAGAGGAUGGGUGAGUUGAGCCUUGGAGCUAGAGUCAAGAAGAAUAGAAAGGGAGAGGGAGGAAAGAAGUCGGAACAAGAUGCAACAGCUAUGAGACCGAUUCACGAAGGUGGUGUUCCAGGUCCAACGGCGAUAAAGAUCGCGGAAGUGAGUAGCAAGGUCUCGGGUGGAUCUGAUCACGCUAGAAUUCAAGGUGGCGAUCAGGAGGAUGGAAGAAUGAGAAUAGAGGAUAGAAGCAAUGAAGCAACUAGAGAUGUGGAGAGCGUGGACUAGGCACGAGAAACUGAGAUGGUAUUGAAAAGGGGCAUUAUCCAGUCACUACUGGCGCAUGUUAUUAGCUAAAAUCAAGUGUGAUCUUGUUGAUUUACAA